ACUCGGUAAUAACGACCUAUUCCGAGGAGAAAUAGAAAGAGAGAAUUAGGGUUUCGAGUUUCAGUUUUGGGGAGAGAAAUAGAGAGACGGGAGGGAGAUAUGGAAGUGAUAACCGAUGGAGUGAAUAAGUUGAACAUCAUUGAAGACGACGGUACUGCUCCCAAGAGAAACCGUGUCCAGGUUUCAAACACCAAAAAACCUCUUUUCUUCUACGUCAAUCUCUCCAAGAGGUAUUUGCAGCAAUACAAUGAGGUUGAAUUAUCUGCACUUGGAAUGGCUAUUCACUCAGUGGUAACUGUUGCUGAAAUUCUGAAGAAUAAUGGGUUUGCAAUUGAAAAAAGAAUCAAGACAUUGACUGUCGACAUGAGAGAUAAUCCAGAUGCCAGACCUAUUCCAAAAGCUAAGAUUGAAAUAGUUCUUGGGAAAUCAGACAAAUUUGAUGAAUUGAUUGCUGCUGAGGUAGAGAGAAGAAGAGAAAUUGGAGAUGAUCAAGAAGAAACAUGAUUCAUUUAAUUCAUUCCUUCUUUAUUUUUCUUUCUAGUAAUCUCUUGGAUAUUUGUUAUAAUAGAAAUAAUAAGGAUGUAUUAUUAUUAUUAAUGUUUUAUGAGAUUACAACCUCAAUUAUUACUUAUAAAAUUUCAAAUAUUUUCUUGUGAC